AUGGAGCCCGGCUGGAUCGCCCUCAUCGUGCUCGUGGGCGUCUGCGUGCUCUCGUGGCUCUGGUCGCUGCUCACGGCGCCGGGCUUUAAUGUCCGCGACAAACACGUGCUGCUCACCGGUACGGAAAACCCGCUGGGGCUUGCCAUCGCCAAGAAAUACCUCAACAAGGGAGCCAAAGUAUCUCUUAUUGGGCCGUCGACCGAGUCUCUAAAGGCGGCGCAAAGUGAACUCGAGAAAGCAAAUGCCUUCCAUGGACGGCCUACAGACCACGUCGUCUACGGUGCCAGCAGGCGCAUCAAGCCCGGGUACUUCUGGGAGCAGGAUGUUGCCCUGAUGAAGGAGGCCAUGGAUGUCAACUACACCGGCGCCGUGGCUGCGCUGCCGGCGAUGAUCGAAGCGAAGAACCAUGGACGCAUUGUGUUUGUGAGCAGUGCCGACAGUCUCGAGUUCCCGGUGGGCUGCGGGGCUUGCAGUGGCUCCAAGAGUGCGAUCCGAGGACUGGCGGACAGCUUGCGCAACGAGUUGCUGCUGUACAACAUCUCGGUGGCUGCUAUUCCACGUUCUCAGACCAAAGCCCGGCAGCUACGAAAGCGUGGAUCCGACAAGAGGGCCCAGAUUCUCAUCAACGGACUGUGGUUUGGCCAGUACUCCAUCACCACCACUUGGAACGGAUUUCUGCUGCGCGUGCUGACCAACGGCGUCGAGCCACGCAACAAUACGUUUUUCGAGUGGAUUUUCCUCUUCUUCGUCGGGGUGUAUCACUACUUGCGCCAAGUGGUGAAGCAGCGAUCGCUGAAGGCGCCACCUCGCGCUGGUACUGCUGCUCAUGUUUAA